GGAAAAAUGUAAGAGCCAAGUUUGAAGUUUAACCUUGUUGCUGUUUGUUGUUAGACUCUGCGUUUAAGUGGUAAUACUUGUGGUUAAUAUAACUAGCCAUUCUCACUCGCUCUGUAUUCUGCCUCUAUUUCUACAGGGUCGCAUAGCUCAAAAAAAAUCGCUUUCAGCUGCUGCUGAGAUAUCUAACCUUAGUAACCGAUGUUUUGACAGGUUAGUUGAAUUUCUUAGAAAUACAUCGUAGUGGUGUUGGCUUUUGACACAUGUUGUGAUGUCUGGUACUGAUUCAUUUCGAACAAGCCUCGUAGUUAGGUCAAUUGUAAUUAUUUGUUACUUCGGGAACAUCGCUUCGCCGAAUCAUAUUUGCAGCGUCAUAUAUUAGUUUCCUGAUACAGGAACCCCAUUCACUUUAAUUGAAGAAUGAAUUGUUUAGGAUUUAAGGGAAUAAUGGUAAAUUCUCAUUCGUAUUCCGUGCUCAGUGUUCCUAAGGAAUCUGUUUGAAUUUCCUUUUUCAUAUAGUGUUCAUUGCUGGCAUGAUUUGGGCACAUGGCCUCGGCUUUUUGUUUUCCAGAAAGCUGAUUCUCCCUUAUUUAAACUUUUCAUAUUGCUCUCGCAAUUUUUCCUGCAUGAGUUCACUACUUGGAAUUUGAACAUUCGACUAAACAGGAAUCAUAUAAUGGUCGGUUGUACGUGUAUUUUAUAGUUUAGUCAUCCUCAACGUAAAGUCUGGCGCAAAUGUUCUUUAUCGUGUGUUACCGUGUCACAAUACCACAAUUAGACAUCUUUUCUCAAUAAAUGAGUUGAAAAUAUGGUAGCGAGUAUAAUAAGAAUUACAAUGCCGAGAAUGUUACUCAUCAUUUAUUUCACAUAUCCAUAUUUUCUCUUCCAGGUUUUUAAUAAGCGGAAUAAUCUUAAACGUAAACAUUCCUGGGUAGUUGUAGCAUACACUAAAAGCCAGACGGUGACGUAACAUUACCAUAUUGUUUCUUGGAGUACUGAAGUUAUUCUUUGUUAUUUCAUUGUGUUAUGGGUUGCCACGUUUCAGCUGAUAGUUCUAAUAGUUUUACGUGGGACGACUAUCUUAAGAAAACAAACGGUCGCCCGGCAAAGUUGGAGUGCUUUAAACAGGUUAGUAGUGAAUUAUUUUGUAGGAUACAAAUUUGACUUAGAAUGAAUAGUUUAUUUUACUCUCCACAGUAGAAAUUAGUGUAGCUCCCUUCAAGACGUGGCACCAGUACAGUAUUCCAUUGGUGGUCGUAGAUUUAUGAGAAGUGGGGUCUUACCGAUCAAGAAUAAGUUAUUCUUAACUUGUGACUAGAGAAUUUAGGUAAUAUCUCUCCAGUCGCAGUUGCUCCUAUGUCCCGAUUUUCGUAUAACCCUAUAUUUUUCGUUCUGUGGUUUUACCAGUAUCCUUGAUACAAUGUUAUCUGGUGCUCUCGGCAGUAGUUUCACUCACUACCUUAUAAAUCUCUGAUGAUAUGAAGUAUGCCAUGUUGGACCGAUAUAUUUUUGUGCCAGAUUUCAAGUUAUCAGUAACUAAUUGCUGCAACCUACCAAAGUCAAACACUUUCAAGUCUAGCAAAGUGAGAGAAAGUUGGCACAUGGGUCUGAAGCCUAUUAAUAUUACGAGGUAAAGGAACAGUAAGGAAAUAAUCCGUCCAUGGCCUUAAGGUAUAAUUCAAAAGGGUACCUUAACAACACUCACGGUAAAAUAACUGGAUAUUCACGCAUAUGAGUUUGUACUGCUUAAAUUCGAUUAACUAUAUAAGGGCUCAGAAUUUUCCUUGUUGGAAAACUUUGUGAGAAUAAUUGUUCUUGAGUAUCUAAUAUCAUCGAAUAUUGUACCUAUUUUUGACUGCCUAUUCUGGUUCCAGUAUCAACAAUUCCAUCGAAAUGAAAACUUUUGUGGUCGUACCCCAGUGGUUCAUUCAUUACGUAGGCAGUAGUACAAAGGCAUUGUAGGUAUCCCAACAUCAUCGUAAUUUUGUAGAUAUCUAAGAAAUAUCUCGUUCAUAUCCAUAUUUCAUUCAGAGGCUACCAGUCAGUGUUGAUACACUUGAAUUAGGCACGAAAUCCUGCAUCUUAUUAGUUACCAUGUUACUUGCUAUCAGGGGCACAGGAUAUUACAACCCUGCUGGUUGAAAAUGAAGACACUCAGAUGCCAUUAUUUGAGACGGCACAUUUGAGUUUUGAAAUGUUUAUCAACGAGACUAAUUGCUUGAUUUACUAAAGUAUUUGUAACUUUGUUGAUAAAACAUUCUUACAGCUGUUCAUAGUUCCUAACAAGCUUUAUUGAAUACCACAUAAACUACUGGAGAAAGCAUUAAAUCUAAGGUUCUUCAGACGAAAUAUUUCCUGAUCUAAUUGUUGUGGGACACAGGCUGUCGUAAAUCAGUAAAUUCAGCGUUUACACAUAUAACACGUAAGUCGACGAAAAAGACAUCUGAUGCUAAGAAGCAAAUGUAAGUUAUUGGGUUUAAUUUAUGUAGUGCUGACAACUUCAAAAUAUGUCCUUGAUCUGCAAGGCUCGUUAUGAAGCUAUCUGAAGCAGAUCCGAGUUGUUCAGAAGUGGAAUUCAUGUUUUAUUUUCGCCUAUAAAUGUUAAGUGUUCCACAUUAGACCUAGUUGGGCACCAAACUUAUUUGAUUUUUGAUCCAUUCUCUUGUCCAAAUAUGUCAUUAACUCGCUUGACGUAUGCCAUUAUCAUCUGUAAUAGAAUAUCUAACAGCCUCAUGAAGGUCUAGUAGAUUUAUUUAUUUAUUAUUAUUUUAUUUGAACACAAACAUUGGCACGAGAGGGCACCAAAUACGUAUCCGCCACAAUAACAAAAAGGUCAGUAGGAGUUGCGAUUGAUUUGUGUGAGGUCUGUGAUACUACCCGGGCGCCCAAACCGAAGCAGGUGAUUUCUUAGGGCGCCACAUCCUGAGCUUUAGACUUAAAGGUCCAAAACAUAUGGCAAUGAAGCAACGUCAGGAGAUGCAGUCUCGUGGUAGCCGGUGACCAACAAUAGGUUCAUACGCCAUUUAUUCCCUCAGGAUUUUGGAGCCCAUGUGCGCCAUUGGUUUGGAAUUAGGGUUUUCCAACUCACCUAGGUAGACCCUCUGUUUCUACCAGCCCAGUUAAAGCACCGGACAUUCGCUUUUCACCCCCUCAAUUUCGUAAACAACACCUCUGUCGUGAGAAGGCAAUGAGUAGGUCUUCAUUGUCAGUGGUUGUAUACGCGUGGACAUAUGGUAACAUUUUGAGAGUGAAAGCUGACACGCCCCACCCCCGACCAUACCUGGGCAUUUGGGGGCAAAUGAUAGGAUGGCGAAGGAGGUUCCGCCCAAUAAUAAUAAUUUGUCUUAACUCAUUUUGUUUCUUUCGUCCGCACAACGUACUCUCGUUAUUUUUAUUAUAUAUAUCUCUCUCAGGUACAUUGUUUCGAACUGUGGGAUUGAGAGCCUAUCAAGUUAAGUGACAGGUUCUAUGUUGCUGGUUCGGUUUUUCAUAUUUCCAGUAUUUUUAUUUUCCACGCGUUUAGAAGUACUAGGUUUAGCUGAAGUGAAAUAUUUUGUAUUGGGAUAGUAACUAGUAUAUCAUCAAGUGUAGCUGAGUCUUAUGCAAUAUAGAUUAUAGCUAUUUUGAGUUUUUAGUAUAUUUUAACAGUUUUUUUAGCGAAACCAAUCGCAUUCACUUAUUCCAUAUUGAUGUCGAUUUUAACAUUAUUCAACUCUAUAUAAUCGAUUAUUUCAUCUUAAUUCCACUUCUAACUGCUCAUUUAUACAUUUCUUACUGUAUCAAAACAUCAAUUUCUUGUUUUUGUUUCAGUCUCUUGUUCCUCCGCCAAACUAUUUCGAGGUGAAUACCAUUCUAGAAGCGGAGGAUCAACGUAGCGCAGCUCUUGUUCUCAAUCCAUAUUCAAACGACCUGAUAAAAGCACGUUAUGCUAAUAAUUCUACUAUUAGUAAUCAACAGCUGUUGGAGACCCCAUGUAGAAGGUCCAGUCUGAAUCCUCACUCCAGUGGAACUGUCCGACGCUUCAGAGCAGCUUCAUUCAGUUUAGCUCGAGUGAUAGAAACGUGUGGUCCACGUUUGAGAAUACGUCUGGUUGGAACUGAUGAUCGUAAUGAUUAUUGGUUCUUAGUUGAUUCUGAUCAAAUCAGACCUUAUCCUUCUGGAAGUCCACUACAACCACCCUUUGGCUAUAUGCAUAAUCAUCUUGUGUGGAAUCGUACUCUUAAGAAAGCAACUGAAGGAACGCGUUUUGCAGAUCCUUCGUGGUUCAUUUCAGUAAGUCGUAAUCUGUCUUAUAGUUCGUAUUCUGUUUUCACGUUGUUUCCAAUUAGUAAUACCGUAUUUUUUAUAUUACAGCAACCACCAGAUCCAGAGGAUAACUACUUCCAAGUGAAUGACAAGUUAGAGGCAGUAGAUCGUAGAAAUACUCAGCUGAUAUGUCCUGCAUCUGUAGGCGCAGUGAAUGGCCACCAUAUUUUGAUAAAUUUUGAUGGUUGGUCAGGAGCUUUUGACUAUUGGGCUCGUUUCGAUAGUCGUGAACUAUUUCCUGUCGGUUGGUGUAAGUCAGCCAACUACCCUCUUCAGCCACCUGGACCAAACGUUAUACGCUCUCCAAUUAUUCAUUCAACCCCUAGUUUCUUGUAUGCUCAUAAUUCUGUUUCCCAAGCUCCCAGCAUCUCACCAAAAUAUCUAUCUAAAGUACUUACUAACAGUUGCAGUCGUAUCACAAAGACAGAUAAAACGUCCUCAUGUCCUCGUAAAAAGUUGGGACUUUCAAGAAGAAUUAAAUCGCAUACAAAUUUAGUUAGGAGUAAUUUGCAUGACGAACCAGAAAGCUCAACACCUUUCAGGAAUCCUUGUGAGCUGUCAGCAAAACAACCUCUAAGUAUAAGGAGUUCAUUUUCUCCUGUUUUAUCAAUGCCAAAUCAUAAUAGCGUUGCUUCCGACCAUAUGGACGUCAAUAAAAAUGAACGUGUUGAUUUGUUUGUGGAACCUAAUUCCCUAAAUACUUCACAAGUUGAUUCUUCCAUUCGGUCCUUGACAUCACCACCCAUUGUCCCUCCUGUCCUAGAAGAUGCAAAUGAUUCUUUAAACACGUUUUACUCUUCGUCUCCCCCUGAACAUCCUCCACGAAUCGAAGCUUCUGAAUUUGUGAGUGAUUCUGCGAACGUACGUCAUCGACGUUUCAGUGGCCCUUCCGAUUGCGUUGUGCGUCUUCAAGCGAAAUCGUCACUAAUGCCAAUGUCCAACGUGUCACAUCCUUAUGAGCCAGAACUAAAAUCAUGGAAAGUAGUAACAAAAACUAAGCAAAAAAGCAAACAACACAAACUGAAGCGUCGCAGUGGAAAUUCAAAGAAAAAAUAUCCCAAAAUAAAACAGAAAUUCAAAAUAGCCAAUAACAGUUUAACUAGUUCGGUGCUGUGCGACUAUGAGUAUGUUGAUUCAGUUUCUCCUCAGCUGAAAGCCUUUUCUGAUGUGAGUCAAAACUAUGAAAAGUCAAUCGCUUAUUCAGAAGACAAUCCCAAUUUGUACAAAAACGAAGCUGCCGAUUCUACUGCUUUCUGCAAAAACGAUUCUGCAUUAACAUGUACUCCUGUCUUCAUGGCAGAUAGAAAGAGUUUAUUUAAAUCGGAGAACGAUCGAAGUAAUAGUGCAACCAUGGGGUCAAGUUUAGUCUUUCAAUCACAUAUCUCCCAUGAUAUCAUGCAUACGAAUGGCUGUUACUUUGACGAAAUGAAUUCCCCUACUCAUGAUAAUUUGUCUGUUGAAAUAUCCGAUUCACAUUUGUGGUUUUCUGGAAAGUUAGAGUCUAAUUCUAAUAAAUCUUCUUAUCCUGUGUACGCUCAUCAAAAUGUUGAUAGUUUAGAUAGUCAGAGUCUAACUACACAUCUCCCUUCGUCAACAGUAUCUCCUUCAUCACUGGGCUGUAUUCUCUCAAUUCAUGUCUCAGAUAUCUUAGCUGGUGAAAUUUCACAAUAACUGAUCCAAUAUCAUAAUGAGUACUCUACGUUUAACUUCGAUAAAGCCUAUCCAACUGUCAGUCACUUCAAGUCAAGUGAAGUAUAUUGGUCGAAAAAUAUUAGACAAAGAAAAACACAAUACGCAUACAAACGAUAGUUUGAAGUUGCUGGCCAUAAUUCACUUAUCAAAAUUAUGUAUCAGACGACUAACAAGAGACAUUUCACUCAUCAGUUUUAACUGUUUGUGUAUAAAAUUUCAGAUUUAGGAUCGUUUCCUUUUCCUAAUCCUACUCAGUGGACUAUUGAAGAAGUAUACAACUACAUUACGGCUCGUGAUGCUACUCUCCUUGAAGCAGCGGAAAAAUUCAAACAUCAUGUAUGUUUUUUGUCAUCGUUAAUACUGUCCGCUUUCUCUUACUUAUUUCCAUAGCUCAAACCAAAGUGGGCCAUUCUUUUAUUUUACAAAUAAUUACUGGUCUUCAGGUUUUAUGUUAUGGUGUUUUUUUUCAGCACGAACGGUGCUUUGUGUACAAGAAUCCAGAAGUCCCACGAAGUAGGUCAAGUAUCAAAUUGAGACUGGAAAACGCAAUAUGCUAAUUUAGGAUGUUUUUAAUUCUGGAUUAAAUCUUUUGUAACCUAGCAUGUCACAUUUUUUCAUAUCACUGCUGGAUUAAAAACUUGAGUAGCGUUCGCAAUCAACCUUGUAUUGUAACACCGAUACUUUGAUAUUAAAAAUACCUCUUAUCGUGGUGCACACAUCACAUCAGUUAGUCAUGCAGUUUUCAAGUUUUUUAGUCUUAUAAUUAGUUGAAAAACCGUCAGUUAAUACUGAUGCUGGUGUUUAUUACAAAGAGAAUAAUAAGUUUGCUUUUUUCAAUAGACCUCCAAUUAUGACAAUCCAUGUUAGCUAUAUUCACCGGUUGUGCGCAAUAUUUACCUCUUUACACACUAGUGACGAAUUUUUUAUGUUGCAGUUGGUCAAGAACUGUUUUUGACGAAUAGAUCUUUAGUACUAGUAUCUUCACUAGCUAUUUUCAUAUUAUAAUUUAGCUGUAUUUUAAAUAAACUAGUGAAAAAUGAUAUAUUAAUAUUGGAGUCUCUGGUUGGUCCGAAUUGAUGACCGCUUCUAGUACUUUAUUUGAUCUAAUUUCAGUAGUUGUAAUACCAGUCAUUCAGUUAUACGCAAGGUAGAACCUGACAUACGAGUAUAUCGGUUUGAGUUGCCAUACCACAUUACAUUAUGAUGCACGUAGAACUUGCUACCGUAUGUCGAUUUAUAGGUAGUAAGCAUUAGUAUAUAUAUUGUGAGCAUUAACGGCACUAUUCGCCUUUCUAAAUAAAAUUAGCUAAAGUCGGUCAGAACCCUCAGACUUUACUUGUCUAGUAAAGGCACAUCAUUAGCUCUUGAGUCGUUAAACGAACACUUAUGAUGGUUUUCUAUAGUUAUACAUUAAGUAUUCGUACCUUUUUUUCAUUGUAAAGUUUGUAUCUUUCUGCAAAUAUACUGUGUGGUCAAUGCAUCCAUAAAUUUGAUAUUGUAUUAUGUGUACGAAGAUUUAAAAAAUAGUAAGUGGAUGUAUUAUAACUCUUUUGUUACAGGAAAUAGAUGGCCAAGCACUUCUUCUUCUUAGCAUGGAAUCACUGCGUAAUUAUAUGAAGAUUAAAUUGGGUCCGGCUUUGAAAAUGGUCCAUCUUAUCAGUCGUCUAAAACGUGGGUUGCUGUAACAGCUAGUCUUCGGAGUUUGGCUUAUUUAUUGGUCCUUUAUAUUUCAAUUAUACCAUCCGGACAAUAACAAUUUGCAGAUGAUGAAUGUUCCUAAAUCUUCUCUAAAAUUUAUGUGUAUCUGUGUUUCUAAUCUAUUUUCUUAGUACUCAAAUUGACAGAUCUUUAUGAGUUCAAUGUAGUUGAAUUCAUUCGGUUAAUAUAACUGUUCAAUAUGAAAAAUCGUCUUGAAUAAGACUUGUGUUUUUUCUCAUUGAAGCUAACGUUACCUCUUUAGUAUCUUCUACUUAAGCUUUAUUAAUUAAGUUUGGUCUGUUUUAUUUAUAUAUUUAAAGAUUCGAACUG